AUGGCGGCUCAAAUCACCCCGAACAACGAGGCCCAGUCACCCUCUUCACCCAAAGUCGCCCAGAUACACGCCCGACCCUCUAUCGACGAGGCUGCCGAAGACCGGGAGAACGGCCAUGAGGAAGCCUGGAGCGAUGACGAGGGCGAGGAAGAGGGCCCAAAGAGGAAAAGACUGCGUCCUUUGAGUGCUAUAUUAUGUCUGACGACUAUGAAGGUGUUUCGUGUGAGCUUUGCAAAAUACGCAAAGUCCGCUGCGAUCGUGGCAAGCCAUCAUGCGGCUGGUNGUGUUCGAAACAGCCAGAUAUGCGAAUACAAAGAGCGCAAGAAGCCUGGCUUGCGUGCUGAUACUAACAUUCAUCAGNACAAGUUGGAGAACGUGCUACAAGCACAGCAACAGCUCCUGCAGCACUUUACUUCGGUCAUUCCCGGCUUGACCCCUCAACAGCUCAACCAUCAAUCCCCAUCAGCACUUUCCACUGCACAAUCAGUAGAUCAUGGCGCCCGCUCUGAGGCCGCCCUCUAUAUGCAGAGGCCAGCGUCCUACCCCUCUGUGACCUCUCCUGCUUCUGCCAUCACUAAUACAGGCUUUGGAGUACACACCCUGAAUGCGUCUCAAUCCGCACAGCAGGGCGAACAGUAUCCUCAGUCUUUACAAGAGGCACAGCAGCAAAACAGCACGCCUCAUAAUAGGCUCGAAUCUCACCCUGAAGCACCUUAUGCUCCAACCAACCCACCACUAGAAUCUCCUAGCCUGAAUAUACCCGGUUCUGGCCAAUCUGGAAAUCUGACAAGUCCUCAGAUGCAGAUGCCUAGCCAGAUGGCAACCAGUCAGGAUGCUGAGCUGCCGCCUUAUGAUCUCUUAUACUCUCUUGUCGACCUGUUUUUCAAGCACGUCAAUACGUGGGCGCCAAUCUUGCACCGACGUAGUACCCUCGACUCUCUGUUCGGUACCUCCAGUCUUGAGGAAGCUGAUAGAAUUCUCCUUCAUGCCAUCGUCGCAACGACAUUGAGGUUCUCGAACGAUGUGCGUCUGACGGAACAAGCUCGAGAACGAUAUUACUCAAACUCAAAACAGAAAGUGUUACUUUACGGGCUCGAGAACAGCUCUGUCAAGGCACUUCAGGCUCUAGUCAUUCUAGCCUUGGAUAUUGUCGGAUGUUCGAACGGUCCGCCUGGCUGGAACCUGCUUGCUCUAAUUGCGCGUAGUGUCGUCCAACUUGGGUUGGCAGUUGAAACCACGUCGACAUCUGUGUCUCCUCUAUAUCCUUCAAUCUACACUCUUCGUGCCAUGGUUCUACCAGAAUCAAACGAUUGGAUUGAGGACGAGAGUCGUCGACGCCUUUUCUGGAUGGUCUAUCUCCUGGACCGCUAUGCUACCAUCGCUACAGCUUUCGAGUUUGCACUCGACGACAAAGAGAUUGACCGCAAACUGCCAUGUAGAGAUGACCUCUUCGCUAGGAACCAGCCUGUCGAGACUCGAUGGUUCCACACAUCGGAAAGAAUCGACUACACUCUGAACAAGCCAGAAAACCUGGGAUCUCUCAGCUACUACAUCGAGAUUGUGGGCAUCUUGUCGAGGAUACAUCGAUUCUUGAAGAAGCCAGUUGAUAUCGGAGAUCUGUCAGAUGUUGAACAGUGGCAACGUGAAUACCGCGAGCUCGACAGUGCUUUGAACAGCUGGAAGUUUUCGCUGCCUGGUGAGUACGGAAACAUGGCACGCUUGUUCAACCCCAACGGCAGCAGCAAGAUUGUCAACUGCAUCUGGAUUAUGUUGCAUAUUACGUAUCAUACUGCCGUGAUCCGUUUGCACUCAUCUGCCGCAUAUCCAACGACCAGGUCUCCCAUCUUCACUCCAUCAUUCAGUGCUAGCCAAAGAUGCCACACCGCCGUCGAGGACAUUUGCUCACUUUGCACUUACGUCAGAAACAACAACAUGCUUACUAACCUCGGCCCGCACUUUGCCUUCUCGAUCUGGGUUGCAGCUCGCUUGCUACUCGUUCAUGGUUCGACGAUCGACCACCAGGUCAACCCAGCCAUAUAUCCUCUCGUCGAAACGUUGCGAGACAUGGGUCGGUACUGGAACGUCGCAGAAAGAUAUGCUACACUCCUACAGCGUGUACUUGACGAGUAUAGUGAGUCUGAACGUGCACCUACGGGCGCCAAUGGCGAAAGAGUCACACCCUCAACGGUGAAGAUCCUUGCGGACAUGAGACGGUGCGCCUACGAUCUGGAUUUCUUGAUCUCCAGGCAACCACGGCAGCAAUACAAUGGUGGUAAACAGCAUGCCAUCACUCCUGCACGUACCCCAGCUCCGCAAGAGUUGGAGUAUCUGGAUGUCUUCGACUUCUUCAACAUGCCUCGUCUUCCCGUUCCCAAUGACACCUCUCUUGCUGCAGCUGGCAGUAGCGGAGAGUUCCAGGCUGCGGAUCUGGGUAGCAACAGCGAGUUCAACAUCACUAAUUUCAUGUACGAUCCGACAGUCGACUUCUUGAACGUACGGAACUCAGGAACAUGA